AUAUGACGGCUAUGAAAAAAAAUCGUAUGACGCAAAACCUCCGUGGGACGUUCAAGCAGACGCACUAUUGCGUUGAAAAAAAAAACGCAGCAGCAUCUCCUCUUUAUCUCUUCAUCAUUAAUCAUCUUAAAUCAAUGAAAACGUGAAUGACAGAAUAAUAACAAGCUAUACUUUCAGUGGAGAGGGCAGAGGCUGCACAAAGGGGAUCAUUGUUGCCUGCAGAUGCCCGUCAGUGGUGCAGUCGUCCUUUGAAGGAUCUCCAAUCGCAGCGCAUAGCGCGACCGAUGGAGGGCGGGGCUUGGUCUCCCCCAUCUCUGCUCCAAGCCCCGCUUUGGCACCGUGUCCCAUUGACUAGACGGUGACACACCGAGCAGCAUUUCCUACCACGUCUCUGAACCCGACAACACCAAAGUGGACCGGGGAUGACUGGGAGCUCAGGGGUUGUGUGUUUGAGAGGAUAAGUGAUGCGCACCUCAGGGAGGUCACAGUCUGGACAGGUAUGAGACCUGUGGCGCUCGUGGAUGAAGGACCUGCAGAUGUUUAGUGGAUCCUUGUGUGGAUGUAGCUUUAUAUUCUACUAAUACACUACCAGCAGGCCUGGCCCAGUUCAGCUCCACAUGGAUGGAUCCCGCUCUAGGAGCUGAACUCAUGGAAUACAAACCUCAUGUUGGUGAGCAUGUCUGCCUGUCCGAGUCCACCCGCCUCCGGGAGCCUCUCCGCAGCCCUCUCCUCCUGACACAGCCCCCUUACUCGGACAUCCCCUGGUCGCUUCGAGCCCCCUCACUAUGAGGACGUCUGCUCGGUGAUUUGGUGCCUCUGCACGCUUGCACGGAUUGGAGACCGCUUAUUUUUGGUUUGUGCUUUUGUUGGGUACACACAGGAUUUAUCUGCGCCGUGGGCUUUCUUUGUGUCAAAGGGCUUAACGCAGAGUGCGCGGACGGCAACAGAGCGGGAGCUUUGCUACGCCCGCUGUUGCGCCCAGCUGCUCUCUUUGUGGCCGGGCCGUGAUGGCAGGCGGCCGGCCGGAGGCGCAGGACCACCCGCCUGAGAACGGCUUCAACCCGCUAGAGCACCCGGUGCCCCGGCUGCUGCCGCACAUCGACGGCUCGGUUCUGCCGUCUCUGGGGGGCUUUGGGAAGCAUCAGAAGCAGCUCGUGGUUCUGACCUGGAUACCAGCAUUGUUUAUUGGCUUUAGCCAGUUUUCGGAUUAUUUCCUCCUGGCGCAGCCAAAUGGCACGUGCGUGCAACCCCUGUCAAAUCACAGUAACUGGACCUCUUCAUCCCUGCCGGUCACCGUCACAAGCGCAGCGGCCGCGCUGCAGCUCACCGACAACAGCACCGGGGAGGGAUACGGCGACGGCAGCGCUCUGCUGUGCGCCUGUAAGGAGUGGAGGCUGGAGCUGCAGACGGGACUUAGUCAGAAUGUGGUUACCAAGUGGAACCUGGUGUGUGAUUCAGCCUGGAAGGUGCACAUUGCCAAGUUUUCUCUGCUGGUGGGCUCCAUAUUUGGAUACCUAGUGAUGGGUGUCAUGGCUGACUGGUUUGGCCGGCACCCGGUGUUGAUUCUGUCGGUUCUUUUCAUGCUGGUGUUUGGUCUGAGUGUUGCCUUCUCUGUAAACGUCACCAUGUUCAGCACCUUGCGCUUCUUUGAGGGUUUCUGCUUGGCGGGCCUCGCUCUCUCCCUCUUCGUGCUCAGGAUCGAGCUUUGUUUGCCAGCCUGGCGUUUCUCCAUGACCAUGGUGGCCAGUUUUCUGAUGGUGGGCGGGCAGCUUCUGAUGCCAGGGGUGGCCGCUCUGUGCCGCAAUUGGCCCGACCGGGAUGACUGGCAGGUCCUGCAGAUCGUCAUAAUCAGCCCUUUCGUUCUGAUGCUUCCCUACGUCUGGAUUUUUCCCGAGUCGUUGCGCUGGUUGCUGGCCACCCAGCACUACAGGAGGUCGAAAGCCAUGAUGCUCCGCAUCGCAAAAAAGAACCAGGUUGACAUGACAACAGAGCCGAGUGGAGUCCUCACAGAGCUGGAGCAGGAGCUGCACAAGAAACCCCAGAGGACCUGCAUCGUGAAAAUGAUGAGCACCAGGAACCUGUGGAAAAACAUUGUGGUGCUGUGUGUCAACUCGCUGACCGGUUAUGGGAUCCACCACUGCUUCGCCCGCAGUAUGAUGGACCCAGAGGCCCAGCCCACCGCUCUGUGCCACGCUGAUUACUACACCAUGGCUGGCAUUGCUGUAGCAACCUGCCUGGCUCUUUGUCCCGCUGUGGGGUUGAUGGGCCGGCGUGGAGGGCUACUCACCUUCAUGAUUAUAACAGCGCUGGCUUCACUGCUACAGCUGGGUCUGCUCAACUUGAUUGGGAAGUACAGCCUUCGUCAUGACGCAGUUCUGCGAGACAGUCUGAACAGGAAAUUCUCAGUGGCUUUCUCCAUCAUCGGCAUGUUCUCCUCUCAUGCAGUGAGCCAACUCAGCAUCUUCUUUUGUGCUGAAAUCACUCCGACAGUUAUCAGGGGUGGAGGGCUGGGCCUGGUCCUGGCCAGUGCUGGCUUCGGCAUGCUCACUGCACCCAUCAUGGAGCUCCACAACCAGAAGGGCUACUUCCUGCAUCACGUGAUCUUCGCCUGCUGCACCCUGCUGUGCAUCAUCUGCCUGCUGCUGCUGCCUGAGCCCAGGGGCCAGCCUCUGCCUGAGAGCCUGGCUGACGGGGAGACCUUCACCCGUCAGACCCUGCUCCAUCCAGGAGAGCAGCACCUCCUUCUUGCCAAGACUGACGGGGACUACUCCAGAGUCCACGACACACCGUUACACCUCACAGCCACUGGGGGCGCUACAGUUGCAGCAGCCACCGCUCUGGCAGCGGUACCUGCCUCGUAUGCCCUUGCCACUGGAGGGGAGAUAAUUGGAAAUCGUGCCAUAGCCAACGGGGUUUGAGCAUCUUAGCAAUAGUCUACUAUUGUGCUGUUAAUUGCUCAAGCAUUAACAUGACUGAAUGGGCUUUGAACCUUUGAAAAAAAAAAAAAACCUUUAAAAGGGAAAAUGAAAUUGUUCGGAUGAACCAAAUGAACUCUUUAAAGUUUGAGUUGGUGACGAAAGUAAAUUUGUGUAGUUUUUAGUGACUAUGAUUCAUUCAGGAGUUGCCAAAAAUAUUGUACUGGACUUUGUUUGUCUGAAGUCAGUGUACAUUCAAUAAUAUGAAAGUGUUGAGUGGUGUUUUCCUUGCACUGCAGUCCGCUCUGUCGAGAAUGAUUCCCAGGAAAAAGCAGCAGAAGCGAGAAGUGAAGAUGCAAAGUAGAGCUGCUCUGAGCUGAGAGUUUUCUGUUUGUAGUUUUGACUCGUUGAGGGAGGAUUCCACUGCAUCUUAUAACUCUUUAUAAGUUACUUUGCACUAAAUGUCAGAGACACAAUCAAGUGUUUGUGAUUUUCAGCCAACACAUUGGAGAUGCAGGGACUGGCUAAACCACUACCACUCUUUUUUGCAUGAAAGGGCACAAACAGUUUUACAUGUUUUUCUUGUUACUUGUGUUCCCUCUACUAGAAGUCCAAUGUGGCACUUUAUCCUCAGAGGUGAAGUCAGUGAAGACACUGAUUUUUAAAGGAAGCAUUACUGCUGAUGGUGUGGGUGUAUGAUGGUUGUCUGAUGUUGCUGAACAGCCGGAGACCUUGGCAGACCUUAUGUGUAGCCUAUAGAGACUGUGAGUAAUGCAAAGUAAAUCUGAGAGUUGAACAGACAUUAGAGUGUACUGCUGUAUGUCUUAUGAAGCAUCUCAGCAUUUCAAAGGCUUUAUCAUGAUGGCUCUGUUCUUUUAACAAACAGAGAAUGUAAUUUAAGAAAACCAGUAUUUAUUUUGUCAUGCCGCCAAGGGCAAUUUUGUUGCUUGAAAUACCUCCUCAAUUAGCAAAUAUUUCCACUUCCAACUUCUCACUCCUCGUCCUCUGUACUGUGGUAAUGUUGUAAUCCUUCUCCUAGGAUGUGUUAACUCUAGACAGAAAGCACAAUAUUUUACAGUUUUUUGAAAUAAACGUUUGUGAAGAUUAGCAUAGAGCAGCGACGUCUGCGUAGCCCUGGCCUAGUUGUGGUUGGUGUACAUUUAUACACUUUACAAUGUAAGUAUCCUUUAGGACUGCAAAAAAUAUGUAAGGUGCGUAUACAUGUGCCAUUCAUUCAUAAUGUAUGGGCCAUACUUUUAUAGGAUAUAAGCACACUGAAUAGAUCAACCAUCCCAUAAACCAUGACAUGAACCUGAAUCCAGAUUCAAACAUCCUCCAUAUUUAGUACACAGCACGUAUUUCAAACACCCUGUAUGGUUUGCUAGUUUGUAUGUUUUCAACAGUUAAUCACUGAGAGAAAAAACUCAACCACUAAUGCUGUUUUCUAAGUGUUAUUUUUUUAAUAUGAUGCAUUUGUACAAAAAGCCAUAGGCCUACAUGUUUUGAUAAUAAACCACUUAAUUUAUUAUGUCAAUAAAAGAACACUUGAUGUGACUGAGUGUGGUUAUUGUGUUGGAGUGAGGUUACAGUAUUUGGAAGGGGACUACAAGUCAAAGUUCUUUCUUAGAAAAAUAAACUAAAUAAACAAAUCGUAUGUGCUCAGAAGUGCUCCGGGUGAAGCUCCAGCUCCUUUUUGAUUCUGUUCUCCACCAGAAGGCUGAAGUUGGAGUCCGUCAAUGGA